AUGCCUCUCCAUCUUCUCGGCAAGAAAUCAUGGAAUGUCUACAACCCCGCCAACAUCGAAAGAGUCCGUCGUGAUGAAGCUGAAGCCAAGCGUCGCGAAGAAGAGCAGGAAGCAAGACAGCGAGACCAUGAAUCCGACGACAGAUUGCGCUUUCUGCGCGGCGAGACUUCCGUCCGGGAAGACCCCGAGCCACACCCCUCGGCGUCGUCGUACAGGCGCAAGCGCAAGCUCCCAGGAGAAGACGACACUGAUCGAGACAUUCGACUGGCCAAGAAGCAGCCCAACGCCACCAAAGACAUAGACAAGCUCGUGGAUGCGAAAGGGAACUUUUCGCUGAUCCCCGAACCUGGCCCCUCAUACAAGAAGGCGCGUGUGGACGAGGAUCCGUAUACAGUCUACCUGUCUCACGCAGCAGGCAAAGGGAAGAACUCGGGAGAGAAACCCUGGUACAGUAGCACACCUGGACUUGGAGCGCCGGCUCGAGACUCAUGGGGCAAUGACUCUCCACGUCGGCAGGAGCGAGAAGCUGCGCGUGUUGCAGCAAACGAUCCUCUGGCUGCGAUGAAGAAAGGUGUCAAACAGCUCAGAGAAGCGGAGAAGCAUCGAAAGGAAUGGAGGGAUCAGCGAGAGCGAGAUCUGAGAGAGGUUGAGGACCUCGCCCGGCAGAAGAGACGGAGGGACAAGGAUGAAAGGCGAGACCGACGAAAGAAGGAUGACCCUCAGAAAGAUGACGAUCCGGACAGUUUUGAUGAUUUUCACCUAGAUUCGGGGUAUACCAAGGGCAGAGACCGCGGUGACAAAGACGACAACAGCCCGAGACACAGCCAUCGACACCGACAUCAUCACCGUCACCGUCAUCGUCACGAUGUGGACCAUGACAAUGACUGUGACGCCCGGGAUCGACAUAAACGCAACCGAAGAUCUGUUUCUUCUCAGAUUGAGCCUGUUCGUGAUCGCCAACGACGAUAA